GUCAUUUGUCUGAUUUCUUAUGUCAAAUUGAAAAUUUUCUGUCAGGUUAUGUAUAACAAAUUGUAAAAUAGGAUGAUAAUGUAUUCUUAAGAAUUUUAGAGCUUUAACGUUAUCAUUACAGGAAUAUUCUAUAGUUCAGUAUGCGGAAUAGUGGCGAAAAAACAUAUAAAAUAUUACCCAAUAAAUCAAAAUACAACAAUAGGCCAUUCACAGCAAAACCAAUCCAUAUCCGAAGAAUCGAACAAGCGUUAGACUUAAACAUGUUCUUUCAAAAUGUUAAUGAUCAAUUACAAAUAAGUAGUGAUUCUGAUGACUCUGAUGAAGAUGGAGGAAGUAUGAGUGACAUUAAUAUAGAGAAUAUUCUAAGAGAUACCGAACCAAAUUCUAAAGAAUAUUACAAUUUGAAAAGUGUUUCAUCUAGAAGAAAAUGGCUUGCUGAUGUUUUACUUGAAAACAAUGACAGUACCCCUGAUGAUGUCCAAUAUAAAUAUGUAAUGGGGAUGCACUCUUACCAGAAAUUUUUGAGAAAAACUAAAGAUAACUGUGAUAACUAUAGAUACUAUGGGGCUGGGUUAAUAAGUGCAGUGGAUCAAUACCCGGAAAUAGAAAAGAAUCUUCCUGUUUCUAUGAAGAAACACAAAAUAAAAACCGAUGAAACUUCUAAGUCACCUUUAUACCAUCCUGAAAUUUUAGAUGAAAUAUCUGAUGAGCCGUGUUUAGACUUGAAUCUUCAGAAUGGCAUGGAAUUUCAAGCAAUGGAAGAAAUUGAAGAUAAAUAUAUACCGACUGAUUAUGGACUUAAUAUUGCCAGUCAGUCAGUACCUGUAGUGCCAAUGAACAUGAAUAUGCCAAAGAAAAAAGCAAAGAAGUUUAGAGAUGAAGAGUCUCGAAGGAAAUGGGAAGAUAUGAUGACUAUUAAAAGAAAAAAGCUUUUCACCAAUAUUGUUAAAAAAGAAAUUGGGAAGCAACACAGAUCAAAAAUUAACAAACAUAAAGAAAUGUUGCUGCAAUGUAAACGAGUUGCUUCGCAUUGUGUAAAAUAUGCACGACAGAAAGCACUUCAAAGUGCAAGAAUAGUAAAAGAACAACAAUGGAGAAUGAAAAGAUUAGCGAGAGAAAACAUAGCAUAUUGGAAGCGCUCAAGGAGAUUUGAUAGAGAGGUUAAAAAAAGAUUAGAAAAAGAAGCUGAGGAACAAAGAAAGAUUGAUCAUGAACUAGUUGAAGCUAAACGCCAACAAAGAAAACUUAAUUUUCUCAUUACACAAACUGAAUUGUAUGCCCAUUUUAUGUCUAAAAAAUUAGGUCAAGUAUCUCCAGAAGAACAAUUGAGAAUAUUAAGUCAGUUAGAUGAAGAAAGUACAACAAAAUUAAGUUGUGAUAACUAUGAUAGUGAAGGAAUGAAAGAAUUGGCCAAGAAGAAUGCAAUGGAUGCUUUCCAAAGUGAAAAAGCAAGAACGAGACACUUUGAUGAUCAAGCAAAUUCAUGUCUAAGUGAAUUUGACAAUAUUGAAGGGGAGCAUCCACAGCCUGAAAUGUUUAGAGGGAAAUUAAAAGGUUAUCAAUUAAGAGGAAUGAAUUGGUUGGCAAAUUUAUAUUCUCAAGGUAUUAGUGGGAUCUUGGCGGAUGAGAUGGGUUUGGGAAAAACUGUACAAAGUAUUGCUUUUUUGUGCCAUAUAGCUGAGAAAUAUUCUGUCUGGGGUCCUUUCUUGAUUAUAUCGCCUGCUUCAACUCUUCACAACUGGCAGCAAGAAUUAGCCAAAUUUGUGCCCGAUUUUAAAGUAGUUCCUUAUUGGGGGAACCCAAAUGAAAGAAAAAUCCUAAGACAGUUUUGGGAUCAAAAAGAUAUGUAUACUAAAGAUGCAAGCUUCCAUAUUGUAGUAACUUCAUACCAAAUUGUUAUAACCGAUAUCAAAUACUUUAAUAGAAUUAAAUGGCAGUAUAUGAUAUUAGAUGAAGCUCAAGCUAUUAAAAGUACAAGCUCUAUGAGAUGGAAAACUCUUUUAGGUUUUAGUUGUAGAAAUAGGCUUUUGUUGAGUGGAACACCGAUACAAAAUAGUAUGGCAGAAUUGUGGGCUUUACUACACUUUAUUAUGCCUACACUAUUUGAUUCACACGAAGAAUUUAAUGAGUGGUUUUCAAAGGACAUUGAAAGCCACGCAGAAAAUAAAACAGGAAUAGAUGAAAAACAUCUGUCAAGAUUACAUAUGAUACUAAAACCAUUUAUGUUACGAAGAAUAAAGAAAGAUGUGGAAAAUGAGCUCUCUGAUAAAAUAGAAGUGAUGGUAUACUGUCCACUUACAACAAGACAAAAUUUAUUAUAUUUGGCAUUAAAACAAAAAAUUAAAAUUGAAGAUUUGUUGCACUAUACAGUUGGGGGUGGGGAUUCCCACACAGUGGAUAAAAAUUUUACAUCUAAUUUAAUGAAUCUUGUAAUGCAAUUUAGAAAAGUUUGUAAUCACCCUGAACUUUUUGAAAGAAGGGAUGCAAAAUCACCUAUACGAAUAUCUUCUUUACAGUACAACAUUCCUUAUCUCUUAUACGACUAUAAUGUUAGAGAGGUUUUAAUGUGGAAACUUAACAAAUAUUUUGUUUUUACGCCUGAAUAUAUAUCCAAAGCCAUUGGAAACGAUUUUUGCAACACAAUUUUCAAUUUCUGUUUGGGCUUAAAAUUAUCUUUUAUAGAUAUUUAUAAAAUUUUUCAAGGAGAUGUUUUGGACAGGUGGCGAAAUUAUUUUGAGCUGGAACGAUCUGAUGAAAUUUUGUUUCAUAAAUAUUCAUGGAAUUCCAAAUUUAGUCAGAUGCCUAUGUUGAGCCUACGACAUUGUUUGCGACUUAACAAGUGGCAUAUACAAAGUAGCAUUGUUCUCUAUGAUUUAAUUUUUACAAGACAUAAUAGGGGAAAUAGAGUUUUUUACAGUCAUACCAAUCAUUUGUAUCAUUCCAUGCCUGAAACUAUAGAGCACAAGAAUAUUCGUUUAAAAACUAAAGUAAUAUAUUCAGAAGAUAAUUCUAUUAUUGAUGUCGUUAAUGAAGAUGGACCCAAACCAAUACAAAGUCCCUCUACAGAUUUUCCUUAUAUAAAAAGGGAAACACAAAUUUUUGAAUGUACAAAGACUGAAAUUCCCGCCUUUUUGUUCUACAAUAUGCCCAGAGUAGCCUCGGCAUCCAUUAGUCUAUAUUGUUAUUCUCGUAGAGCAGCUUGGGAUUAUAAGCGUCAUGUAGCAGAUUAUAGUUUUAAUUCAUUAAAUUAUUAUUGGUCUAGAGCAACAAAUAAUACAUUUAACUAUAAAUCAGCUGAAAGUUUAUAUCCGCAACCAUUUAGUUGUGUAGAUAUUAUAAGGCCAACCAAUGGCUGGUCGAAUAUAGUUAUUCCAGAUAAAGAGAGUUUAGUGACUGAUUCUGGAAAAUUAUCAGUACUUGAUGGGCUACUGCGAAGACUUAAAGAAGAAGGACAUAGGGUUUUAAUUUAUUCUCAAAUGACCAAAAUGAUCGAUCUCUUAGAAGAAUAUAUGUGGCAUCGACAUCACAAAUAUAUGCGCUUAGAUGGAUCUUCGAAAAUUUCCGAACGGAGGGAUAUGGUGGCCGAUUUUCAAGCUAGAACCGAUAUUUUCGUUUUCUUGUUGUCUACAAGAGCUGGUGGUCUUGGUAUCAAUCUAACAGCAGCAGAUACGGUAAUAUUUUAUGACAGUGAUUGGAACCCAACUGUGGACCAACAGGCGAUGGACAGGGCCCACCGAUUGGGUCAAACAAAGCAGGUGACAGUCUACAGAUUAAUUUGUAAAGGCUCUAUUGAAGAACGCAUAUUACAAAGGGCCAGAGAAAAAAGCGAGAUUCAAAAAUUGGUUAUUAGUGGUGGGAACUUUAAACCAGACACUCUCAAACCGAAGGAAGUCGUAUCUUUGUUGCUUGAUGAUGACGAAUUAGUCCAAAAAUAUCAUUUGAAAAUUGAGAACCCCUCAGAGGAAAGCCGGGAAGCAGAACGAAAACGAAAACUUCAGUAUAAGACAAUACCAAGUGGUUUGGAAGUUAAAAGAAUUAAGGUAGAAUCAUCUAUCGAGGAAAUCGAAAGUGCCCCUAACAGCCCUCGAAGUGUCCAUUCUAAUGACAUUUUGGCAGAUGAUGCUGUGGACAUUUAUAAUGAUGACGCCGACUUGCCGGUUACGAACAAAUACACUGUAUAUAACGUUUAUGGAUCAGCGGUGAAACCAAGAACUCCUGGACGCGGCUCAUCUAGAAGAGGACGGCCUAGAGGAUCUAGAAGUCGUACGAUAGGUCUUAAUAGACAUACUUCCAAUAGUAAUGGUGGUUCGACCAGUGGAGUGUAUUCAUCAGAGAAUAUACUAACAGAUUCAGCAUCGUCGAUAUCUUCAUCACAGUCAUCGCCGUCCAGUGCAUUUAUGGACGUUACUGUGAAUUCUAGUGGACCUAACUCGAGUCCUCAAACAACAACAACCCGAAGAGGUCCUGGCAGACCCAGACUAAAACCGGGUGGUCCAUCAAAUGCUGGUUCAAGGGGUACAUAUAGACCCAGAAAACCUGCCAGACCUCUACCAGUACCUUUACCUUCAGAUGGUACUAAUUUAAACUCAAAAGAAAAUAGUAAUGCACAGUAUUCCAGUUAUUCUUUUUAUGAUUUUCCUGAUGAUUAAGUUAUUUAUCCUACUUGUUUUUUGAAUUCCAUCUUUCACAAGCUGCAUCUAUCACAUCAUAUAGAACUUUAGAAAUUAUGUUUCAAUUUUAGUGAUUUCACUAAGCAAGUGUGAUGCUAAAUAUUGAAGUAGUAAUAAUUAUAGAUAAAAUAUUAUUCAUAAAUGUCAUUCAACUUAUUCAAUAUUAUCAAAUGACUGCUUCAAGUAUCUAGUAUAAGGAAUUUAUAAAACAAAUUUGGUCUACGUGAAAAAAGAAUCGCUCUAUAUCGUAUAUUUAUAAUUGAUUAAAAUAUUUUCUGUAACUUUGGUUAAAAAUUGAGGUCCCUUAUAAAGGUCUCUCUAGAAAUUUGAUGGUUACUUCAAGUAAAUUGCAGGGAGUUUCAAAAAGGUAGGUCAAACAUAAAUUAACCGUUUUUGGGACCAAAACUAACUUGAUUCAACCUUCAUAUGAAAUUUAGGUGUGCAAAGAAAUUUCUAAAUGUUUUGUUUUUUGUUGCUACAAUUGUUAAAUGGUAAUGUUGUGGGCUUAGAGUCUCUCAACUUCCAUAAAAUUUUGCAAAGUCCAAUGAUAGGACGAUAUAAUAAUAAGAUUUUUAUAUAUCAUGUUUAACGAUUCUUAAAAUUCUCGAAAAAAAUCAAUAGAUAGUAUGAUGAAGUUUUUUUUGGCUCCCACAUUUAACCUACCUUUUUGUUAACAUCUAUACAUUGUUUUAUUGAACAUUAGAAAAAUGUAAAACAUAUUCGGUUUGAUAACAAAAGGAUGAAUACGUUCUGUUGAUGUUACUGGAAGAAAGAUCGAAAUUUAUUCAAUUAAAGAUUUAAAAACGAAAUUAUCCAAAAUAUUGUAGGUUUCUUGUAACUUGACUUAUGUUCACAUAGGCUUCAUUUUUCAGUAGCAUCUACUUGAAAAUACUGUUAUGUGUAAACCUUAUUACUUUAAAUUACACUCAUCAAAUUAAUCCUUAAGACUGAUUUAUAAACAUAAUGAUGAAGAAAUAGUUACCAAUUAUUCUGGUGCAAAAUGAUAAGUUAGGCUCUCUCAAUUAAAGAACUCUGCUCAGCACUAUUCUUCUAUGUUCAAUACGCAUAUAAUUGAAUCCAGUACCCUGGACUACUUUUUAAAUUUUAUCUCACAAAUUCUCAUAUUCAAUCAUUUGUUUUAUUAUGUUUAGAGUACUACGGGGAAGUAUCAUUCUACCCUCAUUUUAUAUUUCUAUACAUAUAAAUAUAAAUCAUACAACAAAACAUAUAAAUGAUUGUGGCUAUUUUUUAAAUUCCAAAUUUUUUGAAAAUAUUCUUGUCCUCAUUUUAUAACUAACAAAGUCUAGAAAUUUUGACGCAAAUAUGAAGAGAAAGUCAAUUUGUUUUUCCACAUUUGAUAUCGCAUUUUCUUGUUGCUGAAUAUAUGUCAUUAUAAUAAAGUCUUUUUAUAAAAUUAUAUCUGUUAUAUAUAAUAUCUUGAUUUAAAGUUUGGAUAAAUGUGCUAAUAACUUUAUACUAUUUACUUGUUGAAUUUUUCAUAUAUACUUUUUUGGAAUUAUACAUUGACACUCCAUGCCUGUUUUUACAUAUAUUUUUCCAAUAUUCAAUGAUAGUGUAUACAUAUACAUCAACGUCUUUUUUUAAUUUCUAAUUGCAUAUAGAUCUAUAAACUUUUGUAUUAUUUUUCAAGAAAUAUAGUUUACGAAAUCUAUAAAAUAUAACGUAAAUUAGGCAAAAAAGCUGUAUCAUGUUUUUUUAAUUAUUUUCCAAUAAUUCUGGAAAUGUAUUAUUCUAAGGUUCCUUUAA